CAGUCAAGCACGCGGCCAUUCACAGUUUAAGCUCUUUUCUGAGGCUCCGAAUCACUCGUCGAUGCACGCUAUCCCUUUUCUUGAUGUAGGACAGGUUCGAAGGUGUGGGACGAGGGGGUUGCGUUUUGCGUGAGCGCUUCAAGUCAAGUUUGUGAAAUGAUGUCGAUGAAGUUGGAAAGUAAUGAGCAAGGAUGCUGAAACUGACGGCAAGCCCGUUUUGUUCGGAGGAGCGCAAGGCUUUUGUGCCGCUGUCAUCCCGUGUCUCAUCCCUUGCUGCUUUGUCUACUCUUGGCCCGCUGAUCGGGACCGGCAGUGCGGUGUGUCAGUGUUGGACUGCGAGCAGCAGCAACAGCAGAGGUGGGCCGGAACCAUGAGUCUGAAUGGCGCUGGUGCCACCAGUGAUGCGUGCGGCGGGGUGAGAGCAGCAACUGAAUGUUACCGGGAGCAGCGGCGGCGCUCCAGUGACCGUUCACGUGAUUCGUCCCACGAGAGAGGAGAGAAUCAGCUCACCCCCUGUAUUCGGAACGUAACAUCGCCCACUCGGCAGCACGACCGAGAACGUGGUGAUGGCGGCUCAUCCUCCAGAUCCUCCAGUCCACGUCCCCCACGGGUUUCUCUUCCCUGUUCAAACAUUGGAGGCGCUCUGUUUGCGGGACACGUGCCACGGUCCUUUGGUACUGCUGUUGGUGACCACCACCCCAAGACCCUCAGCCAAGGAUCAUGUGAUAUGAUCUAUGUGUAUGACCUCAGCAGUAAAGAGGUUCAUCGUGGCGGUCUGCGAGUCGGAGAGCGAGUGACUCUUAUUGUGGAUAAUACGAGAUUUGUGGUGGAUCCGGCCAUCUUCACAGCUCAACCCAACACCAUGCUUGGCAGGAUGUUUGGCUCAGGGCGAGACAACAAUUUCACUAGGCCCAAUGAAAAAGGAGAGUUUGAAGUCGCUGAUGGUAUCAGCUCCACUGUGUUUCGAGCCAUUUUGGAUUACUACAAAUCGGGGAUAAUCCGCUGCCCUGACGGCAUUUCCAUUCCUGAGCUGAGGGAGGCAUGUGACUACCUGUGUAUCUCCUUCGACUACAGCACCAUCAAAUGCAGAGACCUCAGUGCCCUGAUGCAUGAGUUGUCAAACGACGGGGCCAGGCGUCAGUUUGAGUGUUACCUGGAGGAGAUGGUGCUACCGCUGAUGGUGGCCAGCGCACAGAGCGGAGAGAGAGAGUGCCACGUUGUGGUGCUGACCGAUGAUGAUGUGGUGGACUGGGAUGAAGAGUACCCUCCGCAAAUGGGAGAGGAGUACUCUCAGAUUAUCUACAGCACCAAACUGUACCGCUUCUUCAAAUACAUUGAAAACCGAGACGUGGCCAAGUUGGUGUUGAAGGACAGAGGACUGAAGAAGAUCCGAUUGGGAAUAGAAGGCUACCCGACCUACAAAGAAAAGGUCAAGCGGCGCCCCGGGGGUCGUCCAGAGGUCAUCUACAACUACGUCCAGCGCCCUUUCAUCCGCAUGUCGUGGGAAAAGGAAGAAGGCAAAAGCCGUCACGUGGACUUCCAGUGCGUCAAGUCCAAGUCCACCACCAACUUGGCCGCCGCUGCCGCAGACAUCCCCCAGGACCAGCUAGUGGUCAUGCACCCCCCGCGUCCGCAGGUGGACGAGCUGGACGUGCCCCCGCAGCCAAAUGCACACGAGCCUUCCCAACCGCUGCCGUCGGUUCUGGGCGUGGAGGGCGCAGCCUUUCAGCGAGUUCAGGACAACCAAAACCUGGUCGCUCACGUUGUGGCACCUGGCAACCCGCAACACACUCAGGCAACUUACCGCUACGAGGCCGACCCAGACCCGCCCUCGCCCUCUGCAUGACACCCGCCCAUACUACACAGCUCGUACAGGUCACUUUUUCCGCAGGAUUUGCACCAUGAGCCUUCUCAGUGUCUUCUGCGAGUGUGCUCAUUGACCUCACUACUCGUACAUGGACAUCCAGAUGCGCUAAGAUCACACAAUGAACGAGUUGAUACAAUGGCAUAAGAAAUUCCCUCAUUGACCGGCCUGCAGUAGAAAUGCAGCCCAAGUUACAUCACCUCGUUGAUGCUUUUGUUCAGAUGUUAGGAGCACAGUGCCACAGUAAAGCACACAUUGGCCUAUAUAAGCAACGCCCCUCUUCUACCCUCUCGUGGCUAAACAUCACAUUGCCUUGUCGCAUCUUGGCUGCGGCUUUUUCCCUCCUGGUAGACAGAUGGACAGCACAUACACUGGGCUCACCCACCUUUUGUUACGUUUAGACCAAAGCCAAGUGUUUUGUCAAUACAAGACUAGAUACUGAAAAGACACUUCUUUAUGUGGCUCCUUUUAGCUGGAUCAGAAAGUGUGUACUAUAUAUUAAAUGUCAUCAUGAUCUCUUCAUUAGCAGCUUGAAAGGUUGCUAGUGAUGGGAAAAAUCAUCUUUAUAUGAACCAAUUGUUGUACUUUUUGACUCAGAAAGAAAGAAAGAAAGAAAGAA